ACAAAAACUAAAUUGAGUCCAGAAGCUGGGAUACAAGGAUAGCCAGAAGAGACGCGAUACUAAAAGGGACCUUUACCAAGGAAGCAAAAAAGAAAGAGCCCCAGCAGACAAGCUUUGCUACACAGGUCAUGGGCUGCUGGAAGCAAGAGAAAAGCAGCAAUUGGAUUUUUCCUACCCUGAUUCUCUGCAUCUAUGGAUUCUUCUAUACGAUGAAGCCGUCAGAACCUUUUCUAACCCCUUACUUAACAGCACCAGACAAAAACCUGACCAUAGAUGAGGUGACAAACCAGAUUUUCCCAGUUUGGACAUACUCCUACCUUGCACUCCUUUUCCCAGUCUUCUUGAUUACAGACUACGCACGCUACAAGCCCAUCAUCAUUCUGCAGGGUGUCAGCUUCAUCAUCACGUGGCUCUUGCUCCUCUUCGCACGCGGGGUGGUGGCCAUGCAGGUGGUGGAGUUCUUCUACGGCAUGGUGACAGCCACCGAGGUUGCCUAUUACGCCUACAUCUACAGCGUCAUCAGCACCGAGCACUACCAGAAAGCGACCAGCUACUGCCGCAGCAUCACCCUUGUGGCAGCCACCAUUGCUGCAGUGCUGGGGCAACUUCUGGUUUCCUUGGCCCACGUCUCCUACUUCUACCUCAAUGCCAUUACUUUGGCUUCCCUGUCCUUAGCAUUUGUUUGUUCAUUUUUCCUCCCAAUGCCCCAAAAAAGCAUGUUCUUCCAUAAAAAUAUUUCCCUAGAAAAUCUCCAGAGAACAGUUAAAAGUACAAAAUCAAACACCUCCAGCCCCAACGAGCCCUGCAGCUGCCAGGAGGACAGAGACCCUGCAUCAGCUGACACAGGACCAACACCUGAGCAGCAAGCUGACCAACCCCAGCCCCAGAGUCAUGCACUCAAGGUGCUGGUGCAGCUGAGCAAGGACUUAAGGGAGUGCUAUAGCUCUAGGAAACUUCUUUACUGGUCCCUGUGGUGGGCUCUGGCCACAGCAGGCUUUAACCAGGUUUUGAAUUAUAUCCAAGUACUGUGGGACUUCAGAGCCCCCUCUCACAGCUCUGCAGUGUAUAAUGGAGCUGUCGAAGCGAUAGCAACUUUUCUGAGUGCAGUAACAUCUUUAGCAGUAGGAUAUGUGAAAAUGAACUGGGACCUCUUUGGAGAACUGGCGUUGGGGAUCUUCUCCACAAUGAAUGCUGGUUGUCUAUUUCUCAUGCACUUUACUGCCAACAUCUGGGCAUGUUACGCUGGCUACCUCAUUUUCAAGGCAUGCUAUAUGCUCCUUAUAACAAUAGCAACGUUCCAGAUCGCUGUCAAUCUGAGCAUGGAGCGCUAUGCAUUGAUGUUUGGGUUCAACAACUUCCUUGCGCUGGUGAUUCAGACCAUUCUUACAGUAGUUGUAGUGGAUUCAAAAGGCCUGGGACUGGACAUACUGACUCAGUUUUUAAUUUACAGCAGCUACUUUGCAGUCAUAGCUGGGAUUUUCUUGAUCAGAAGCAUUUAUGUGCUUGUCUCAAUCAAAUGCAAAAGGAAAAUACUGAGAUUUUGCAAAGAGCCUCUGAGCCUUGCUGAACACAAAUCAACACAGCAGACUGUAGCUGUCUAUACAACGCGGCUGUGACAGGCAGGCAGGCAGGCUCACGCGGCCAAGCCCUCGUGGGAGAAGAGCUCCUACUGCAGCAUGCUGGGAACAGCAGUACAAGAGGAAUGUACAACAUAGCCCCGAAGAGUUGUACUGAGUCAAUACAGCAUUUCAUCGCAACGUACAUCAGCUAAGAAGAGGUCAUCAUAAUGGCUCUGUGCCAGGAGGAGAUAAGUUGCUUUAGAUUCUUAUUUGCUUGCCUAUAAAUAACAUAACAGCAAUAACUUAUCUACAAAAACAAAGCAACCUGGGCAUCCCACUGUGCCAUGACUGCAAAAAGCAGUUCACCUUGCCUUGCUUGCUCCAGCUCUUUUAUACAGUGCUGGCAAGCCACUUCCACAUGGAUUUACUCAUGCAGGCAGGCAAAGGGUAUAUUCCUCCCUUUGCACAUACCUUGCUCUAAACUGAGGACGACAGUGUCAUUUGCUAUUCUUUCCUACCUAACUACAGGUGAUACAGCAACCAACUCUCCUCUAACUGAAAAGCCCAUGUUGCACAUAGUAGUUUAGAAAGACAGGGCUCACAGACUAAAGCUGAAAAAGUUCCCUGAAACACAGCUAAGCUGCAGUCGCUGGCUGACAUUUGAAAGCUGCAGCCUGAACGCUGCGCUGAAUCCAUAGUGAUCUCAACCCAGAAGAGUAAACAUUUCAUGAUCAGAACAAAAACGAAAGAACCCCACUCGCAUCCUUUGUGCUUCCUGUUAAAUUACAUGCAGGACCAAGCCUCUUGCUGUUUCAACAUGAGGAGGGAGGAAAAAAGUGAAGAAAAGAAAGGAAGAAAAAGGGACAGAGUAGUGUGGGCUAAGGCCAGCGAAGUGCGUUGUGGAUGAAUCUGGCUGAAUCGGCAGAGGAGUGUUCCAGACUAUCAAGGAUAGCCAAGAAGAUCAAGAACAGAAACAAAAAGCUAGCAUCAUGUGUACUUUUGAGUGCCAAGUAAGAAGGGAAGGUCCACUGAUCUCAGCCAAGGAUUUGGCAGGGUCAGCACCUCAGAAUUUAUUAAGAGGCUUCAAGACCUGUAACUUUGUCCAGCACAAAGGAAAGCGAGUCCAGGAGAACAGAAGAGACUUUAUACAUGAGUUUGCAUGGCGAAUGCCUAAUUCGAUAUAAAAUAUAUCCAUAUGUUAAAGUUAUUUCUGUACUGCGAUUUGUUCCCAGCUUCCAAUGACUACAUUCUAAAUAAUAAAAAUAGAAAAAACUUA